AUGCAACAUUUAGAUUUUGUUAUAAAACAAAAGUUUAAAAUUCUGUUAUUAUGUAAUUUAUAUAUAAUGUCAAAUGUUUUGUCUAUAAAAAAUUUUGAAAAUACUUCAAAUCAAAAUUCUAAAAUUUUUAAAAAAGAAAGUGGUGAUUAUUAUUCUUUAUAUCAAUCUGACUCAAAUUUUAAUAGAUUUAAAAGAGUUAUCAAUUUUAAAAAUGAAAUAGAAUUAUGGCCCAAAUCAAUAGACAUAGCAAUUAAUAAUGAUAUUAGUCAUAAAAGUAUUAUUAUUGCAAUAAGUCAUAUAAUGACAGAAACAUGUAUAAAAUUUAAUUUAAAAAAAAAAGAAUUAAUACAUAGAUCGGGAAUCUUUUUUACACUUAGUGAAAAUUAUAAAAGUGAAUUAGGAAAGAAAGUUAAUGAAACAUUACAAAUUAUAAAAAUACAAAAAGGAAAAAUAAGAAUUGCUCAUAUUUUACGUGAAAUUCUUUAUACAUUAGGUUUAGAUUUUGAAUUUCGACGACCUGACAGAAAUAAAUAUAUUCAUUUAAUAAAAAAAAAUAUUAAUUUUUUUAAAUUAAAUGAUUUUACUAUUAAUUCAAAAUACGCUACUGGAAUCAGAUUUCCACCACAUGAUUUUGGAUCUAUUAUGUAUCAUAAUAUUUAUUAUGGUUCAGAAAAUUUUUUAAAAACAACUAUAAUACCAUUAAAUAAACUUUUUACUUAUACAAUAGGUCAAACUUUAGCACCUUCAUUUCUUGAUUUUAAAAAACUUAAUUAUUUAUAUUGUUCACAAAAUUGUAAAUUUGUAAAAAUAGUAUGCUUAAAUGGUGGAUAUCAAAACCCAAAUGAAUGUACACAAUGUAAAUGUAUUAAUGGAUUUAAUGGAAGACGUUGUGAAAACAUACCAUUGCAAAGAAAAGAAUGUGGAAAGACAAUAUUAUUUGCAGAAAAAAAAACUAAUAUACUAGAAUUAUAUGGAAGGAUGAAUUGUGCAAUUCAUAUUAAAACAAAAUUUGGUCAAAAAAUUGGAAUAAUAGUUGAUUAUGAAUAUACUGAAAAUAAAAAAAAGUAUGAUUGUCAACCAAAUAAUUCAUUAGAAAUUAAAUAUGAUUAUGACAAAUCAAUAACAGGACCUCGAUUUUGUCAUGAAAAUCAUCCAAUUAUAUUUUUUUCUAAAUCUAAUUAUAUUCUUAUAUAUUAUAACAAUUUUUUAGGUAAUGGUGGUUUCAGAAUAAGAUAUAGAAAAUUUAAACAAUAUAUUCAUUCAAUGUCUUUACAAAAAAAAUGA